AUGGCGAACACUGGCGCCCCUCCAAACUACUACAAGAUCCUUGAGAUCUCGGAGGCGGCUACGACCCAGCAAGUUCGCGAUGCAUACAAGAAAGCCGCCUUGAAGACACACCCAGACAGGGUCCCCGCCGACUCACCCGAGCGAGCAACGCGCACUCGCAAGUUCCAGCUCGUCAACGACGCAUACUACACCUUGUCCGACACGCAAAGACGCCGAGAAUACGACGCCCAGCGAAAGAUCUUUGGCGCAUCCGCCGGUACAACGUACGGCGACUUUUCCGACGACGACUCCGACCCAGAGGAAGUACCCCCGCAGGCCGGCCCCAACCCGCAAAAUGCCUACUCGUGGGCAUGGAACUUCUUCACAGGCGGGAAGCAGGGUCAACAGAACGAGGGCCAGCGUGCGCAGGCCGACAACGCACAGUUCGGCGAUGUAUUCGAGGAGAUGUUGCGCGAGGAGGGCAUGGCCGAGGAGGGUACCAACCGCCCGACGAGCUCGUUCUGGAGCAUGGUAGGCGGUCUUAGUGGUGGCGCGCUGGGCUUCAUCGUCGGAAAUAUGCCUGGCGCAUUGGCGGGCGCUGUCGCUGGAAACAGGCUUGGCUCUGUUCGAGAUGCGAAGGGCAAGAGUGUCUAUGCUGUUUUCCAGGACCUCCCCCAGGCAGAUCGCGCGAGGCUGCUUACCCAGUUGGCUGCCAAGGUGUUCAGCCAUACUGUAGGAGCUUAG